AUGCCCCCCUCUUCUGAGCUUCCCUAUACUAGUGAUUUCAGGGGUGGGACUUCUGCAGUCAGUAGGAGGGCUUGAAUGAAUGCAGUGAGAAGCAUCCUCUCUGCCUCCCAAAAUACCUAGGCAUCCCUGUGGAUGUGCUCUACAAUUCAGCCCCAAAGUCUCUAGGAUGCACAUAUGAGGAGCAGGGUCCCCAGGACUGAUCAGGACAUCUCUGGGAUCUGCUCCAAACAUGGGUGUUUACAGGAGAGCAGCUUGUCCUAGGGACAGAAAUCACAUGUAAGGAGCCAGAAGCAUCUUAGAUCAUUCCUGCAGCAAACUCUAAGCAAGGUAGAAACUAAAUACAUGACAUGGAGGGUAAAAUGAUUGACUAUCGCAUUAGUGUCAUCACAAGCCCGCCUGGAUGGGAAAUAGGAAUAUACAUUGCUGGCGCGCUGACUUUACUUGGGGUAGUGGGUCUCCAUUUAUGGAAGCUGUACAAAUCAGGCAGCUACCCAUCUCCUUCUCCGUUCCCCAACUACGAUUAUCGAUAUCUGAAGCAAAAAUAUGGCGCAUCAUACUCAGAGGUGAAGAAGAAGAGAGCCUUCCAGAGCAAUGCAGCAAUGGCAAAUCUCAGUGACACCUAUGAAAGCGUUAAUGAAUUUGGUCCAAUGGAAUUGAUCAACAGGGAUAUGGAAAUGUCUCCCUAUGGGAUGUUGAAGAAAUCCGUCUCUACUGAUUCCCUCAGCUCUAUCUCUUCCAUUGGAAAUAAUUUUGGCUCAGACUUUACUGUGGGGCAGAUUGAAGUUACUAUGGACUAUGAUGUGAAUUCCAACACAUUACAUGUCUCUUUAAUACAAGGAAAAGAUCUGCUGGAGAAAAAAGAAGAUGGCAACUUUGAGUCUUGCUUUGUGCACAUCAGCCUGCUCCCAGAUGAACAAAUUGUUGGCAUUUCCAGAAUACAGAGAAAUGCAUAUUCGGUUUUAUUUGAUGAAAAGUUUUCCAUUCCCCUCGAUCCGUUGGCGCUAGAAGAAAACAGCCUGAGGUUUUCUAUUUUGGCAAUAGAUGGGGAUGAAAGGAAUGUGAGCACGGGAGUGGCUGAGCUGAAGUUAUCAGACCUGGAUUUGACUGUGCGACCUUUCAAUACAUGGAUAUACCUCCAAGACGUCAAUAAGGCCUCAGAUGCUGUAGGAGAAAUUCUGCUGUCUCUCAGUUUCCUUCCUACCGCUGAACGUCUUACAGUGGUGGUAGUGAAAGCAAAGAACCUACAGUGGACAGAAGGGAAGUCAACAGCAGACCCAUUUGUGAAAGUGUACCUACUGCAAGAAGGCAGAAAGAUCAGCAAGAAAAAGACGGCUGUGAAGCGAGAUGACAGAAAUCCGGUUUUUAAUGAAGCCAUGAUAUUCUCUGUACCAGCCAUAGUCCUGCAGGACCUAUCGUUGAGGAUUACAGUGGCGGAAUGCUGUGAUGAUGGAAGGGCAGAGAAUAUUGGACAUGUGAUCAUUGGUCCAUCAGUUAGUGGGAUGGGCAUGACUCACUGGAACCAAAUGUUAGCUACACUAAGAAAACCUGUGUCCAUGUGGCAUCAGUUACGGAGAAAUUAAGAAAGUCGGGAGCCCUGAUUUGUCAAGGAGUGCAAAUGAACACAAGACUAGAGGGGCAUUUGCUCAAAAUGUACACUGGUAAACAUAUCAAUAUACAGAACCUUUUGUGUAGAUAUUGUGCAUGGCACCAACACGUUCCUAUGACUUGUAAUAUUUCAAGCAGGUGACACCUGCUGCGUUUAUGAUUUGUUUUGUGAAAUUGUUUCCAGGGAUUAUAUAAAGACAGACUGCGUAUAGCAAAAUAUAUUAUUAUUGCUUUUAAGCGUUAUUGCCAAACAAUGAUAUGCUUUGCUGCACAAGCUAUAUUAAUGCCAGUUAUUAACCACAGCUAUCUAAUGGACACAGGGGUAUAAUAGCUACGCUAACUACAACACUUAGGGGAGAGCUGUCCACCAAUGGGAUAGUAACUACCCUUGACCAAAGCCAUAAAUACAUGUACUGACGGAAUAAUGUACUUACUUUUACUAUAAUAAAUAUCCAUCUGAACAAAUACAUUAUUGAAAUCCGUGUUGGGAUGCAUUCACUUAGAGAUUUUGCCCUGCCCAAAUGGGAGGUUGCAAUGGACAGGGAUGGCUUCGAGAAGGGACCCGGCUCAAACGGCGCUGACCCACCACGACAAGGUAUGAAGAAUAAAAGAGGA